AUGGCUGGGGUCAAGGUCGAAGCCGCGGAGCCGCACCAGCCGGCGCCGGGCGCCGGCGCCGCGGAGGGCAUGGAUGCGCCCGACCCGAGCCUGCGGCUGGCUGACCAGCUCAUCAACCCCGAGGGCGGGAUCAGGGCGGUGACGCAGGAGGGGGAUCAGAUCUACAGCAGCGCCCACAAGUUCGAAGAGCUGGAUCUGUCAAAGGAGCUGAUGAUGGGACUGUACAGUGAGAUGAGGUUUGACCACCCCAGCGCCAUCCAGGCCAAGACGCUGCCCAUGAUCCUCGAGCCGGACCAGAACGGCACCUACAGGGACCUCAUAGCACAGGCCCACAAUGGCAGCGGCAAGACCACCUGCUUCGUCCUGGCCAUGCUCAGCAGGGUCGACCCCGCCCUCCACGUGCCCCAGGCGCUGUGCAUGUGCCCCACGCGCGAGCUGGUGCUGCAGAACCUCCACGUGGUGCGCCGCAUGGCCAAGUACACCGCCAUCCAGGCCGUCAGCACCGCUGAUGAGGACGAGCGCACAGGGGCCGCAGGCGGCCGCCGCGCGGCGCGACGCGCGAAGAUCACGGAGCACAAGUGCGGCUGCAUUGCUUAUGUCGGCCUGUCUUACAAGGCUGGGAGCUUAGCGGGCCAAGUAAAAUCUGCAGCACAUUAA